GUAAUACUUUAGUUCAGAACGGAAAUCGCUUUGGAAACAUGCCACCACCACCGCACCAGCCCCACCAACCGCACCCACCGAAGGGUCCUGCGCAUCCUGGGGAUCACCAACCAGGACCGCAUCCCCCUCACCACGGAGAUCCGAAGCCCCAUCACGGACAUCACUAGGCCCAUGGACAAGGACUAUAAAUAAGAUUCAAUUUUAUACAGAACAAAACAAGAUGGAUACUUUUUAGGGAACUUAGUUUCUAAUAGAAAGUCUUAAAAACUCUUCAAACCAAAGAAAUAAAAGCCUGUACAAAAUACAUAGCUCUACUCUUUUCUAUAUCUUCAAUGUUUAUGAUCUUGAAUUGGUGAUACUGCUUAAUGCAUUCUAAGCUUCCAUUAAUUUGAACAAAGCAUACAUAUGAUUUGAAGAUCUAAAUGCUUUUUAAAUUAUAAUACACGUCCUAAGUGCAACGUACUAAGCUUAAGAAUUUGUUGCUGAUUGUUGCUGAUUGUUGCUUACAAAAAU